CCGACCCGUUCCCAGCCAAGGCCACCCCCCGCCCGCACCACCACCACCACCACCUCCUCCUCCCGCCGCCGCCGCCGCGGCCUUCGAUGGCGAAGACCCGGAAGGCCGCGGCCGCUCCGCCACCUCCGCCCCCGCCCCCACCCGCGGAGACCCCAGCGAGGAGGAAGGGGAAGAAGAAGGGGCGGCCGUCCCUCCUCGACCUGCAGCGGCGCAGCCUCCGCCUCCAGGCCCAAAACCCUAGCCCGGCCCCGUCCCCCUCGCGGCGGGACGCCAAUCCGUCCGACGAGGACGACGACGGGGUCGGGAGUGGGGGGCGCCGACGGCAGAAGCGGCUCAAGAGCGUCCUCUCCAGCAGCGGCGGCGGCGAGGAUGAUGAGGCGCCCGCGGCCGCCGUGGUGGUGAAGGUGGAGGUGGAGGAGAAGAAGAAGAAGGUCUCGUCGAAAGCGACCGGGAAAGGGGACGCUGCGUCGGAUGGCGGGCCCACUACGGGGACUCCCCUCCCGGACAAAAAGUUGCUUCUCUUCAUCCUCGACAGGCUCCAGAAGAAGGACACCUAUGGAGUUUUCUCGGAGCCCGUCGACCAUGAGGAGCUUCCAGAUUACCAUGAGAUUAUCGAGCAUCCUAUGGACUUCUCGACGAUCCGCGAGAAGCUGUUGAAUGACUCGUAUACCACCCUAGAGCAGUUUGAGAAUGAUGUGUUUCUACUUACAUCAAAUGCCAUGUCCUACAAUUCAGACGACACAGUCUACUAUCGGCAGGCACGAUCUAUUGAAGCUCUGGCCAAAAAGGAUUUCGAGAACCUGAGGCAAGCUAGUGAGCCUGAAGAAGAACAACAACCCAAGACUGUACCCAGAAGAGGCAGACCACCAAAAUAUGCAAAGAAAAUUGAGAAGACUGAAAAUGAUGUUUCACCAGAUUUAUCCAAUGCAAAAACAAAAUCUGCAGACCAUGCUGAAACAAUUAGAAAAAGGUUGACUGGGGACAGAACUCGAAAUGCAAAUAUCACAACAAGAGACUCACCCUUUCUUCAACAUAAUACACCUGGUUCUUUUGCUGGUAAAAGAACAGAUAGAUUUGGUGAUUAUUCAGGGCCUUCGAAGUACGGAAAGAAGACCACCCCGACUAUUUCAGAUGAUGAGCGUCGUAGUACAUACGAUCAGCAAUACUUCCAUAGUAGUCCUCUGUUUUCUGCCCUUGGUGGUGAGAGGAAAGUACUUGUGCCGGUGGGACUUCAACAGCAACAUGCAUAUGCUAGGAGCUUGGCGCGGUUUGCUGCAAAAUUUGGUCCCGUAGGCUGGGACAUAGCAGCAAAGAGAAUCAGACGACUACUGCCUUCUGGAACAAAUUUUGGCCCAGGAUGGGUUGUGGAUGGUGAGCCACCUGAGAACUCUCAGUGGCCUCGAGUUCCCAUGCUCUCUGAUCCAUCCAUCCAGUCUACUGGUGUUCCAGCUAGCAACGUAAUAUCCAAGAAUGAUGAAUCCAAUCAGAAGUCUGGACUGACUUCGAACGAGGAUUCUGGUGAAGAGCAUCUAGCUAGAACCGAGCCAGUGGCUUCUACAUCUGCAUGCGUUAACACAAACUCUGUAUCUGCCACCAAGCUAGCUACCAAGUGUGAAAACGGGGCUAAUGUGUCAUGUGAUGGUGUGGGUAGUACUGGACAGACACCUCCCUUGCAGCAGCACAGCCAUAGUCGAGAGAUCCACUCAAAUAUGAAUGGCUUCACUGCCUUGCCAAACACAAUUAGUCAAUACGCAGGGCAAGGAUUCUUGGGACAGAUGCAGUUGACACAUGCUCAAGUUCUUGGGAUGUUUUCCGGAGUCAAUGGCAGAACAAAUGGCUUUAUCCAUGGGCACCCACUGGUGGCUAAUAGCAUUAAAGCACCACAAAAUGGGGAUGUUGGAAAGGUAGCCACUAAUCCAUCACCAGAUGCAGGUCAUGAUUCAGAAGCUGCAUUAUCACAAACCAUGACUAGUUCUGCUCCAAGUUUAAGUGCUGGUGUUCAACCAUCAGGUUCCAUGCCAAGCGAAAAGUUAGCAAAUCCAAAAAAGCACCCGGACUUGGCAUUGCAGCUCUGAAGACAAUUAGCCAUUGACAUAGUUCAGCUUAGCGCCGUCCUUGAUUGGAAACAUGAUUCAGAAUCCCAGCUUCUCGAGUCCUUAUUCUCCGCUUCUGCUAUGCUGAUGGAUAUUGUAGCAGCACACUGAGUGGUUCUGAGGGAGAAUUAACAAUGGAUUUCUCGUCGAAGAAUAAUUCAUUGUGAGGCGAGGUCAUGGGAAGGAGUAACUAGAGCCGAUGAAUCGUUUGACUCCCAGCAAAUUUGUUGUAAAAGGGUAGGUAGUCUGUAUAGAUUCUAAUCUUAUUUCCGAUGAUAAUGUUUCGGAUGGGCAGCAUCUGGCAUCCAAUGUGUAACAUUAUACUAGUGGAGGUAUACAAGCAGGGAGGGAGGCAAGUGCAUAGGUGUGCCUUUUUCCUGCGAGGAUUGAUCCGAUUCCAGGUUGUAUGAGACUGGCGGAUGGACGACUGCUGCAACUCCACCCCAGUUGAGCUGAGUAGCAAGUAGCCUGAGUCACCAAAAUCUUGCUCUGAGCCCCUGACAUGAUUCUGUGUUGACAUUUUCACUGACAUGAUUAUGUAGUGUUUUAACAUUUGUUGAUGUUGCUCUUGACUGUA